AUGUCGUCGCCAUUAAUACUCCUCCCGGGCGAUGAUGUGCCAUCGGAAUAUCUACCCAACAAUUCAGCGCCGUUGCGACUAGGCCCAGGGCUGCGUCUCCUCUCACAACCUCCCUCGUCCACGCCUUCAAGUCAUGUCUUGACCGCCACACAAAGCGGAAUACUCUCUACAGAUAACAAACGACAUGCUGUCUCGAUCCUAUCUUCCUCGAAUCGCCGCUAUGUUCCACUCGCAAACGACCUGGUGAUUGCGCAGGUUCACCACUCAAGCAUCGAUUAUUUCCACUGCAUGAUUACACCACAGUCCGCGCAUGCGCUGCUAGGACAGCUAUCCUUCGAAGGCGCGACGAAGAAAACACGGCCGAUGUUGAGAGGGGGUGACCUUGUCUACGCGCGUGUAUUGUCGACGGGACUGGGACCCGGGGCAGAAGUGGAGCUCGCAUGCGUCAACCCUGCGACUGGGAAAGCUGAACCGGGAGGAUUGGGCCCGUUAACAGGUGGAAUGGUGUUUGAUAUUUCUACUGGGAUGGCUGCCAGGUUGAUCAAAGCGAGCUCUUCGUCAUCAGACAAUCAGGACGGAGUCGCAGGCCUGGUCGUGUUAGACGAGCUGGGCAAGAAGCUCGAGAAAGCCGGGGGGUUUGAAAUAGCUGUUGGGAGGAAUGGAAAGGUGUGGGUGGACUGCUCGAAUAGUGAAGAUGAUGCUGUGAGAGCAACUGUAGCGAUCGGACGGUGUCUCACCACGAUUGAUGAACAUAACCUCAACCCCACCGACCAGAGGAAAUUGGUGACAAGGAUAUUACGGGAAAUGAAAAUAGAGUCAUGA